CUAAUGUUUCCGCAGAGGCCUGCAAACCGACGUCACGGUAGUGGAAGUCGUGAGGUCUUAAGACGGGUUUUGUCGUAAUUUUAGUUUAUAAAUCACAAAAUGCCGUACGCUAACCAGCCAACGGUGAAAAUAACAGAGUUGACGGACGAAAACGUAAAGUUUGUUAUUGAAAACACGGAUUUGGCGGUUGCAAACUCUCUCCGUCGUGUGUUCAUGUCAGAAGUUCCUACAAUAGCGAUCGAUUGGAUCCAGAUUGAUGCUAACUCGUCGGUGCUGCACGAUGAGUUUGUCGCACACAGAGUUGGCCUCAUUCCUCUCACCAGCGAUGACAUAGUGGAUAAAAUGCAAUAUUCAAGGGACUGUACCUGUGAAGAUUUCUGUCCUGAGUGCUCCGUGGAGCUGACCCUGGAUGUUCGGUGCACGGAAGAUCAGACGCGUCACGUCACCUCGCGUGACCUGUUGUCCAACAAUCCCAGAGUCAUCCCGGUGACUUCUAGGAGCCGAGACAAUGAUCCAAAUGACUACGUUGAGCGAGAGGACAUUUUGUUGGUAAAGCUUCGUAAAGGUCAGGAGCUUCGGCUCAGAGCGUACGCAAAGAAAGGUUUUGGUAAGGAGCACGCCAAGUGGAACCCAACCGCGGGGGUGUCCUUUGAGUACGACCCGGACAACGCACUGAGACACACGGUCUAUCCACGACCUGAGGAGUGGCCAAAGAGUGAAUACUCUGAGAUCGAGGAGGAUGAAGUUCAGGCUCCCUACGACCCAAACGGAAAGCCAGAAAGGUUCUAUUUCAACGUGGAGUCGUGCGGUUCUCUUCGACCAGAGACCAUCGUCAUGUCGGCGUUGGCGGUCCUCAAGAAGAAGCUGAGUGACCUGCAAACGCAGCUGAGCCACGAGAUCCAGAGUGACGUUCUCACCAUCAACUAACUAAGCAGAACCUGGAUUCACACUGGCUAGGGGGGUUCUGAGAUUAAUACAAAAUAUUUAGUUGGAUUAAGAAUAAAACUUCAAACUGUCAGAUAAUUAUUUUUUGUUUAAUGACUGUUUUUAAAUAAAUCCUUUUUUAAAUGUG